AACUGAUGCAAUCAACCGGAAUGCCGGGUCAUCUGGGGUCAUCUACAUACAUAUCACAACACACUAGGCUAGUAGUAGGAUGCUUUCAACCGGAUGCCCCGUAGAAUUCUUACAGAGAUUUGCAAAAUGCUGCUAGCAGUGGAACCACGCCGUGUGUCUAGGAUAAACUCAGGUGUUGGCAGCAUCCCCACAGGCACGUGCCGAGCAGGAGCAAAGAUGGUAGACCGCCCCCUGACCGUCCUGGUUCCCUUCGCCAGCCCGCUCACCCGCAGUUCCUCCGAGGGCGCUGCAGCCUCGGGGCUGUACAACUUUAUCUGGGACGACGCGUACAGCCUGGGCAGCUGCUACUUCACCGACGGACAGCGCGACAUGCUGUCGUAUGUGGACAAGUGCAAGGCAAGAGGGGACGUUGACAUGGUUCUCAGCAUGACAGAACCGGCCACGGUCGUUCACGCGGCGCUCGUUCAAGAAUUCCCCCAUCUCCGCGGUCCCAGUGUGGAGUCAGUGUUCUUGUGUAUGAACAAGUAUUACACACAAAAAGUCCUCGACCCUGACCCUAUACCUCACGAGGGUUUAGACUUGGACUCUCCUCGCCUAAAAGAAGAUGCACUCAGAGUGAUACAGGACAUUGGCCUCCCUGCUAUUGUAAAACCUGCCUCUUCCUUACGAUCUACAGGGGUAAAGAAAGUCAACACAGUAGAGGAGCUGCUACAGGCAGCAGGUGACUUGCGCAAGUUUGGCACCCAGGUGGUCAUGAGAGAAGUGUUUGAUUCCAGCUUAAUGAGGAACUACAUUGAGAAAUAUGUUGACCUCAAGAAAUACCCUCUGGCUAAUAGUAACAUGGCGGUGGUGGAAAAGUACAUCCAAGGAGAACUCUUCACAGUGGAUGGAUGUGUCUACAAUGGGGAGAUCAUCCACUGGGCUAUCUGUGACAACCUGUACUUCAAAAGCAGGCCUGAGUGCAUCCUCGGAUUUGCUAGUCCAUCUUGUCUCUCUGACAAGCUGCAGUCUCGCUUGUGGCAGGCUUACGACAAAGUCCUGAACAGGAUGAUUGGACAUGGGUUUGACAACCAGGAAGCCCACUUGGAAUUCUUCCUCACCAAAGACGGAGACUUCAAGCUGCUUGAAAUCAACGCCUGCAUGUCCCUGACCUUGGCUCAGCUGUACUCACACUGCUUACCGGGCGGGGAUUCGGUGUGUUUGCAGUUGGACCUCCUGCGAGGUGUGCGCCCAACAGUACCACGUCCCACGGGCAGAUACAGUCUGGUAGGGUACAUACAAACUUUUGCGUCGGGGAAAGCCAAGGAGCUUGUAGACUUUGACGCUGCGGCUGGCGUCAUCGAGGAUGGGUUAGGGAACGUGAGGAUUAUCGUGGACCCGGACCGCGACAUCGUACAGGCGGGCGACUCUGGGAACAUCCUGGGUAAAGUCACCGUACAAGGAGACGGGUUUGAAGACGCCUUCCAACAGUACAAGAACAUCUGUCUGAAAAUACUGAGAAAACCUGAGCUCUCUCCAUGGGAAUAAUAGCAGUAAUGCAAUAUGAAGGAAGGGUAGUCAUCACUUUUUUAUUCACCUAUUGGCAGAGCUUAACAUCAGAAAGUCUUAUUAUGAAUGAUGCUAGCUGUUAAUGAUACAACGAAUCCUAGUAAAGGUACCAAGAGCCAUUAUGCUUAAAGCAAAACAUUAUGCUUUUUCCUUGGAUGUGCAAGGUAUCACUGAGGCCCACAUUUGUGCCCCUACUAUUAUCACCAAUUGUGUUGGGUUCUGCCAAAUGUACACCUAAUAUUCAACCAUCACAAAAGCAUACUUUUGUCUUUUCAUAGUUGUGAGGCUCCCUCAUACUCACUCACUCACUCACUCAGCACCGCAUGCUCAUACACAGGAACAAAAUCUGUAUCUAAAAUAUAUAUUGUGAUUAGAGUAAAUGAGAGCAUGUAUUUUAGUUGCUUACAUUAAAUGCCCCUAAAAUAUGACAUUUUUUAUUAUACUCAUCAGUGAUAGCCUUCUUUGAUUAACAUCAUUACAUGUUUAUGCCAAACAUACACACUUCCUGUAUUAUUCAACCAUCACAAAAGCAUACUCUUGUCUUUUCACAGAUUCAUUAUACUGCCUGCAAGUUCAGAAGUAUUUAAACUUGAACUGUAGUUAUGUAAAACAUACAUUUUAAGAAGCCUUAGGCCACACCAAUUUAAUUUCUUGGUUAACGGACAUUUCUAGAAAAAUAAUGGAGCGGGCG